CCAUUUGUGAAGACUCAUGGAAUGACAGUUUAUGAGCAUGAGAACAAAGACCCCCAUUUUAGUGAGCUGUUCAACGAAGCCAUGUUCAACCAGACCACCAUGUUCAUGAAAAAAAUGCUUGAAAACUACAAGGGAUUUGAAAGAAUUAAUGUGCUUGUGGAUGUGGGUGGUGGUCAUGGUGCCAUUCUUUCCAUCAUACUAUCCAAGCACCCCCACAUCAAAACCAUCAACUUUGAUUUAUGUCAUGUGGUCUCUAAAGCAAAACCCAUUCAAGGAAUAGAGUUUGUAGGGGGAGACAUGUUUGAAAGUGUUCCAACCGGUGAUGCCAUCCUUAUGAAGGAGAUACUUCAUAAUUGGAGUGAUGCAGAUUGUAUAAAAUUAUUGAAGAAUUGUUGGAAAGCAUUGCCAAACAACGGGAAGAUAAUUGUUGUAGAGCAAGUUAUUCCAGAAACCUCUCAAAAUGCUAAUGAAUUAAAGAAUGCUUUUCUUCUAGAUAUUAUUAUGUUGGCUUUCAGUGUUGGAGGGAAAGAAAGGUCUAAAAAGGAGUAUCAGUUUCUUGCCAAAGCCGGUGGCUUCUCAAGGUUAAAAAUCGUGUGUAAUAUCUAUGGCUUUUCCGUCAUGGAAUUCUAUAAAUAGCUGCAAUUUGUAUCACAUGGCAUAUUAAAGCUCUUACAUAGUUUUCCUGAUAUCUGUUUUUGUAUUUUUUGUUGUUCCAAUAAAAAAAAAAUCAUGAU